AUGCAUUUGCAGGGCCAGGAGUGGUACAAUUUGCGUUCCAAGACGCAGCCGUACACGCUUCGUCUCCGGACCAUCAUGUCGUACGUGCCGGGCCUUGACAAGAUCGCCGAAGACACCCUGAAAGUCCUCGCCCAUAACAUUGACGCCAGGGGAGAGACGCCGGACUGCUACGCCCUGCUCUACAGGUGGGCCCAAGAGAGCGUGAUGUUCGCGUCCCUGGACACCCGCAUUGGCUUCCUCAGCGUGCCCCUGGACCCGCUCUCGGACGGGGCCAUGAUCCUGAGGGACAUGAACGACGCUUUCGCCUGCCUGCAGAUCUUCGGCUACCGCUUCCCCUACUUCCGCUACCUUAGGACCCCCACCUGGAAGAGGUUCGAGCGCGCCAUGGACGACUUCUCCGUCCGCCUGUUCAGGCACAUCGAGGCCGCCGCCGAGCGACUCCAAACCCGGACGGAGGACCGGGAGUACACGAUCCUCGAGUACCUCCUGGCCGAGAAGAAGCUCGAGUUCGGCGAGAUCUUGGCCUUCAUGAGUGACUUCGUCCUCGGAGGAGCCGACACGACGUCAUCCACGGUCACGUUCUGCCUGUACCACCUGGGGCGAAACCCCGAGGCCCAGAAUCGGGCCCGGCGGGAGGUCUUCGACGUGGUCGGGAGCGAGUCCCGAACUCUGGAGCCCGAGCACCUGAAUCAGCUGCCCUUCCUCAAGGCCUGCGUCAAAGAGUCGCUGCGCCUCAACCCAACCCUCUCCGGCGUGUUCCGAAAACUCGACCACGACGUCACCUUGUCCGGAUACCUGGUGCCCGCGGGGACCCCGCUGUUCACCGAGAACUACGUGGCCAGCCGGCUGGAGGAUAACUUCACCCGCGCCGAUGAGUUCCUGCCGGAGCGCUGGCUGAAACGGGACGACCAAGGCCGCCAGGAGUGGGUGCUGCACCCGUUCGCCUCCCUUCCCUUCAGCUUCGGGGCGCGCAUGUGCCUCGGCAGGCGGUUGGCCGAGCUCGAGAUCUGGAUCCUGCUCGUCAAGCUGUUGCUGAAAUACAGGGUCGAGUACCACUACGAGGACAUCGGUAUGCGGAGCAAGUUAGUCAACGCACCUGACAGGCCAGCGAGGUACCGCUUCCUCGACCUGCACUGACCGCGGUUCACCUUUCGGCAGCGAUGCUUUUGCCACGGCAUACGAUUGCUUUACCUUCUGCACGGUCGUCCAGAAAUACAGUGGCCUCAAUAAAGCCUGCACGAUUUA